UAUAGUUGUCACUGUUUAAAUACUAUACAGGAAUAUGCAGCAAACGUCCUCUUCACGCCUCAUGGGUUACAUUGGUUGUGUAGUUGAAUUUUCGUCUUCUUGCAUUAUAUGACAAAAUGGGAGCGGGCCUGCGAAAAUGAGUGAAGAGAACAUUUCAUAUACAGUUGUUUCUAAUAAGAAAAAGGAGAUUAGCGAAAACUCAAAACAGGAACAAAGUUAAAAGAGUGAGAGAGAAAGAAAGAGAGAAGAUGAAGGUACAGGAGGGUUUGUUCGUGGUGGCUGUUUUCUACCUUGCUUAUACGCAGCUAGUCAAGGGGCAACCUCGCAAGGAGUGCCAAACUAGAUGUGGCAAUGUCGCAGUUGAGUACCCUUUUGGUACUUCUCCAGGUUGUUACUAUCCCGGAGAUGAAAGUUUCAAUCUUACUUGCAACGAGCAAGAGAAGCUCUUCUUUGGCAACAUGCCAGUCAUCAACAUGUCUCUCAGCGGCCAGCUUCGUGUUCGGCUAGUUAGAUCCAGAGUUUGCUACGAUAGUCAAGGAAAACAGACUGACUACAUUGCCCAGCGGACCACCCUGGGUAAUUUCACUCUCUCUGAACUUAACAGAUUUACUGUAGUAGGUUGUAACAGUUACGCAUUUCUCCGCACAUCUGGAGUUGAAAAAUACUCAACUGGAUGCAUAUCAAUAUGUGAUUCUGCCACAACGAAAAACGGAUCAUGUUCUGGUGAAGGUUGCUGCCAGAUCCCUGUCCCUAGAGGAUACUCUUUUGUCAGAGUAAAACCACAUAGCUUUCACAACCAUCCUACUGUGCAUCUGUUUAAUCCUUGCACCUACGCCUUUCUCGUUGAAGAUGGUAUGUUUGACUUCCAUGCUUUGGAAGAUCUCAACAAUCUGCGAAAUGUUACUACGUUCCCUGUAGUACUAGAUUGGUCUAUCGGAGACAAGACUUGCAAACAAGUAGAAUACAGGGGCGUGUGUGGUGGUAACAGCACAUGUUUCGAUUCUACUGGUGGAACCGGGUAUAACUGCAAAUGUUUAGAAGGUUUUGAGGGGAAUCCAUACCUUCCAAACGGUUGUCAAGACAUCAAUGAAUGUAUUAGUAGUAGACAUAACUGUUCGGAGCAUAGUACCUGUGAAAACACGAAGGGGAGCUUCAACUGUAACUGCCCAUCUGGUUACCGCAAAGAUUCCCUUAAUAGCUGUACUCGUAAAGUCAGGCCUGAAUACUUUAGAUGGACUCAAAUUUUUCUUGGAACCACCAUCGGCUUCUCGGUUAUCAUGCUUGGGAUUAGCUGUCUACAACAGAAAAUUAAGCACCGGAAGAACACAGAGCUCCGACAAAAAUUCUUCGAGCAAAAUGGUGGAGGCAUGUUGAUACAGCGAGUCUCGGGAGCAGGGCCAUCAAAUGUUGAUGUCAAAAUCUUCACUGAGAAAGGAAUGAAGGAAGCAACUAAUGGUUACCAUGAGAGCAGAAUCCUGGGUCAGGGAGGCCAAGGAACAGUGUACAAAGGGAUAUUGCCGGACAACUCCAUAGUUGCUAUAAAGAAAGCUCGGCUUGGAAACCGUAGCCAAGUAGAGCAGUUCAUCAACGAAGUGCUAGUGCUUUCACAAAUCAACCAUAGGAACGUGGUCAAGGUCUUGGGGUGUUGUUUAGAGACAGAAGUCCCCUUGUUGGUCUAUGAGUUCAUUAACAGUGGUACCCUUUUCGAUCACUUGCACGGUUCCUUGUAUGAUUCUUCACUUACAUGGGAGCACCGUCUGAGGAUAGCAACAGAAGUAGCAGGAAGUCUUGCAUAUCUUCACUCUUCUGCUUCUAUUCCAAUCAUCCACCGAGAUAUCAAGACUGCUAAUAUUCUCCUGGAUAAAAACUUAACUGCAAAAGUAGCUGACUUUGGUGCAUCAAGAUUGAUACCGAUGGAUAAAGAGCAGCUCACAACAAUAGUGCAAGGCACUCUAGGUUACCUAGACCCAGAAUAUUACAACACAGGGUUGUUAAACGAAAAGAGCGAUGUUUAUAGUUUUGGGGUCGUCCUAAUGGAACUGCUCUCAGGUCAAAAGGCAUUGUGUUUCGAAAGACCACAUUGCCCAAAAAAUCUUGUGAGUUGUUUUGCUUCUGCCACAAAGAAUAAUAGGUUCCAUGAAAUUAUUGAUGGGCAAGUGAUGAAUGAGGAUAACCAGAGAGAGAUCCAGGAAGCUGCAAGAAUUGCUGCAGAGUGUACAAGGCUAAUGGGAGAGGAAAGGCCAAGGAUGAAAGAAGUAGCUGCAGAGUUAGAGGCCUUGAGAGUUAAAACAACUAAAUAUAAGUGGUCGGAUCAGUAUCGUGAGACAGGGGAGAUUGAACACUUGCUCGGCGUUCAAAUCUUGUCAGCACAAGGCGAAACCAGUAGCAGCAUUGGCUAUGACAGCAUCAGAAAUGUAACAACAUUGGACAUUGAAGCUGGCCGUUGAUAUUAAUGCUCUGACAAAAUCACAUGUAUAUCUUUUGUUUGUAAAAAAAGAAAGUCAUUUCCUUGUUGCUUCAUCAAUAAUGCUUUGACAGAUUUGUUUGUACAUCAUCAAUAAUCAUGUUCAUAUUUUCCUUUACUUGGUAUACUAACCAGUAACCGAUCUGGUUAUUGGCAAAUUUAAAACUCUUGUGUUAAAUUUUAGUUCAUAAAAAUCUAAUUCCAUAUGAGAUUGAUAAUAUACAGAUAUAGCUUCAAACACAUCUCAAUAAGAAACACUAGAAUCCCAAAAAAAAACAUAGGCAAAGAAGAGAAAAGUUAUGAUCAUAAACCUGCUUCCUAAAUUCUUCAUCUACUGUACCACUUCAUCAUCGAUUCUGCAUCUUUGACCAUAGCGAAAGCUUCGUGAAGUGACGGAGGAGGUUUCUGGAACAUGAUUUUUGUCGUCACAGCCUCGAAGCCUUGGUUCAACUUCAACCCCAUCAAAAACUCGUAACGCUGCUCCUUCUCUCUCGCCUCUUCAGCUCGUUUAGUACACUCGCAAUUGCAACCACCGCAUUUACACUCCGGUAUAGGAGCAUACUCCGACAACUCCAUCCAAACUUUACUCAAUUUCCCAAAAUACUCCUCAACAGAGUCACCACCUUGCCUGAGCGUCGCGAGUCUCCGACGAAGCUGAUAAAUCUUCAAAUCAACACAAGGAACGAAUACACGUCUGAGAUCUUCCCACAUUUUAUGAGCAGUCUCCGCGUACAUAACAGAUUCUAGAAGCUUAUCGGUCAUCGAAUUCAUCAGCCAAUACAUAACCAUUGCGUUGCAUUGUUCCCAUGGCUGAUAGAGCGGAGAGAAAGGGUCUGGCUUCGGGAGAGUACCGUCGAUAAACCCGAAUUUUUUCGUGACUCGGAGGAAAGAGCGAAAUCGAAUUUUCCAGGCGACGUAGUUGUCUUCGUCUUUGCUGAGUUUUUGGAUAGAGAAAUCGGAGGGAUGAUGAAUAUCGGGAGGGAGAUAAUACGGUGAAUCGGGGUCUGAUGUUGGAGAUACGCUCUUGAUAGUUUCCGCCAUUGUCGUCGCUGCUCUGAGAGUCUCUCUCUGCUUCCAAAUCCUAGGGCUUGCUUUGUAUCCCUUUCGAUUUUGACUUUUUU